UCUUUUACCUCUUGUUUUAUUCUUUUUCAACAUCAAAGUUUGGAUUUUUUUUUUAAUCCUUCUUGUCUGUGCAUUUCGUUGCCUGUAUGAUUUGAUGAUUUUGGAUAUGGGUUUGAUAUUUUAGUAUUAAACAUGUUACGAAUCAUUGGAAUUUGGGGUUAAAUUUUGUUGAUCACUGCCAGUGAAAUUGCAAUGGAAAAUUUAGGACAACCCACCAUUUGUUUGUUGACAAAAAUCGAUGCAAAGAAAAAAAAAUUAGCUUUUGAAUCAACUGUUUUGCGUUAUUCGUGUCACCUAAAGAAUGAAAAUUUCAGUAGUUUUUAAUCGAAAUUUUUGUGUUUUGUUCAGUAGAAUUGAGGUAUUAUGUUGUCGGAAGUUCCCGAUGAGUUUUUUUUUUUUUUUUUUUUUUCUGUUACCUAAAUUUUCUCUGCAACCAAACAGAGUGCGGAGAUAUUUUUCAUGGGUUUGGUUCAAAUUUAAUUAAUGGGAAAUAGGAAAGACUGUGUUGAUGUGUUUUUUUCUUGCUUGUAGGCAAUUCAGCUGAUGAGGAUAUUUUUUUUCCUUCUCCUAUUUCCUAAAUUUUCUUUGCAACUAAACAGAGUGCGAGAGGAAAAUUUUCAUGCGUUUGGUUCAUAUUUAAUUGUUGUGAAAUCCAAAAGACUGUUGAUGUAUUGUUUUCUUCUCUGCCUGUAGGUAAUUCAAUUGAAAACUGCACAUGGAUAAUGGUUUAGGGCAAGAUUUGAUUAGUGAUCUGCCUCGAAGUAUUAUAAAACCAUCCUAACAAAGUUUCCGAUAGGAGAUGUAGUAAGAACAUGUAGUUUAUCAAGUAAAUGGAGGUGUAAAUGGGCUAACGUUUCUUCAUGAUGGACCAAUUCACAAGUUCAGUUUGUCUAGCGCACACUUGCAAAGCUCACUUGACUUGUUUCUUGGCAGUGUACCAUAUCUUGAGAGACUUAUCUUACUUUUAUGUUGUGUUUGGUUGGGGGAUUUGAGGAGAGAUUUGAAAAGGAAAAUGGAAAAGGUAGGUGAAAUGUGAAUAAAACAUGUCUAUAUUUCGCCUAGUUUCACACACCUUUUCCCUUUUCCUUUUUAAAUCCCUCUUCAAAUCUCCCAACCAAACAUAACAUUAAAGGAUUGACUCGUUUGGAGCUAAUUCGAUGUGAAUUGAACCCUACUCUGACUUUUAAAGGAUUCUUAUGUUCAAAAUACCUCAAUCUUCAACAAGUUUUAAUUGCCCCCGAUGUUGUUGAAAGUCUCAUAUCAAGUUGCCCUUUUGCUUGCUAUAUCUGUUGCUAUGCAUAUGACUGAUGAUAUUGCCGAGCAUUUUGAACAAAGUUCAAGUUACAACUUUGAUAAGUUUCUUGGCAUUGUACCAUGCCUUGAGAGACUUAUUGGACAUAUUUACUUCACCAUGGUAAAUGACCUAGGAAAACUUCCAGUUGCGUAUAACCAUUUAAAAGUUAUUGAAUUGUAUCAAGUGAGUUUUGAGGACAUGAAGAAGAUACUGGUGGUUAUUCAUUUGAUUGUGAACUCCCAUUGUUUACAACAACUUCAAAUUUCGGGUUCUUCAAAUACAUCAACUGCAACAAAAGCUCUUGAUUUGGAUUUUUGGGAGAAAAAAUGCCCGUCUGAUUGCACAUUCAGUCUGCUUGAAACUGUGAACAUGACAGAUAUGUCUUCUGUGCCACAUGAGAUGGAAUUCAUCAAAUUUUUACUUAGAAACUCACCAAUGCUCGAGACAAUGAGCAUUACGACUAGUGUAUAUGUUACAGAUGGAAGAUUGCAUAUGUGGAUUGAGUUGGUGAGGUUUUGAAGGGCUUCUGCACAAGCUGAAAUCAUCUUCAUCCAAUUGUGUUUCUUUUCCUUCUUUUGACAGAUCAUUGGGCUUCCAUUUGUUGGUUCUAAUUUAUAUAUAUUUUACAAAAAUGCUGAUUGAAUUGCCUCAUAAUCAUCUUCAUAAUGAUCAUUUUUCUUGCUGUU